ACUCUUUUUCAAUUGGUUGUCAUGUGAGCCACCUAGAAUUCAUAGUACAUUUUGGUAAGCAAAUAGAGUGUAAAUGAGGAUGAAAUAGGAAGGCUGAUUGAUAAAAAAUGAUGACAGCAGAGGCCCAAUCCCCGCGGAAAAAAAACGAAACAAAAUGCAAGUCCAGUACCAGUUGUGGUGGCAUACGCAUACCUCUUCACUCCCCCUAUCUUCAAUUUUGUACCGUCACGAAGCCAUAGCAGCAGCUGCCGCUCGGCACCACCACGCCGCCGCCUCACUCAGCUUCAGGUUCAACAGAAACCCUAACCUAACCUCUCAGAGAUAUCGUCUUGAUACUGUCACGUGUUCUGCAGAAGUCGGGGAGGACGCUACAGUCGACGAUUAUGAUGACGGCGAUACUCUGAAUGGUACGGGAGAAGAAGGCAAUGAUGAUGAUGAGGAGGACGGCGUUGAGAUUGAGAUUGAAAAAUUGGGGAAAAAUCGUCGGAGGAUUCGAUCUAAGAUAGCCGUGAAGGCCAGCUUGCAGAAUGUAUGGAAAGUGAUCACUAAUUAUGAAAGAUUAGCUGAUUUCAUCCCUGGUCUUGCUGUCUGUCAGUUGCUUGAGAAGGAACCAAAUUUCGCCCGACUUCUUCAGAUUGGAGAGCAAGACUUAGCAUUCGGGCUCAAGUUUAAUGCUAAAGGUGUCAUUGAUUGUUAUGAGAAAGAUCUUGAAGAUCUCCCCAUCGGUCAGAGACGUGAUAUUGAGUUUAAGAUGGUAGAAGGUGACUUCAAAAAAUUUGAAGGAAAAUGGUCUAUCGAACAGUGUUGUGAAAACAUGCAGUGCAAGACAGGGAGUGACCAAGAGCUUGAUUCUUCUAGGGGCCAACCAUUUCAUACAACUCUCUCCUACAUUGUCAAUGUUGAACCUAAGCUUUGGUUGCCUGUGCGGGUUAUUGAAGGAAGACUCUGUAAGGAGAUAAAAAUCAACCUGCGGGCUGUUCGGGACGAAGCACAAAAAGUAUCUGUUUCUUCAUUUUUAUCUUAGUAAUCACUAACUAAUUACUACUACCAUUUAUUGCUGAAGAAAUGUAUAUAUUACAAUUCACGUAAUACAGUCACCGAAGCAACUUCUACUUUAGUUGCAGUCAUUUUGAUUAUGUGGA